AUCCACCCUACCUACUGGCUGCUGGCCAAGCUUUUUUUAGUGUGACCUCACAGUGAGAUUACUCGUUGUUUCCACGUGAAGAGAUGUUUCUAAACAUCUCUCAUAGAACCUCCCAGUAGUGUCGCAUUCUCCAACGAACACAACGCGAUGCCUGUGUUUUAUGUUUUUAUGUUUGUAUAAAGAUCUCUGUACAAUGCGUACGUAUGUGUUCCUGCCCAGCCACGAGAUCUGCCUGCUCUCUGCCCGCUCGUGAGCUGGCCGGCCAUCCCACGAACGGGCCGGCCGGAAGCAUAUGAAACCAAAGGCGCUAGUCCUGAAACAGCCCGAUCUGAGAUCGUGCCCUGCAAGAAGUUAUUCCCUACUUGAUCGAGCGUCCCGUCUCAUUACAGCCUAGCUGAGGAACUAUGGUUAUGUCAAACAGGGCGUGAAAUGUUUAUUUGUUAGCCGGCUCCAUAUUCGAGGCAGGCCCUGCUUGCUUUCUGUCGUUGUCACUACACUGUACAUUCUCAAUCCCCUACAUACCAUCAUGGCCCAUUCGAGGGCUCCCUCAAGGGCUGGCAUUCUCGAGGAGUACGAUAUGGAACAGCUGCGCGACAACGGCGACGGCAGGGGACCUUCGAGGAAGAGCAGCCCUAGCCGUGCUCUACUACAGAUCCUCGAGACAGAAGAUCUCGAUGCCGAGAUGAAAAUAUUUCCUCCCCGACCACACUCCAGCGUCCGCGGACCCCUCAUUCUCAUCAAAACCUUCGUCGUCGCCUUUAUAACGACUCUCAUACCCAGCUUCUUGCGCAGAUCACCCGACGGAGCUGCUAGCAAGAAACUGCAUCCGACAGCUUACCUCGAUGGGCUCCGCGGCGUUGCUGCCUUUAUCGUCUUUAUCCACCACUACAUCAUUGACUGGUACCCGAUGCUGUGUCGCGGAUACGCGUCCUCCGAGCCCGCGCACUCGCGGUACUUCCUGCAGCUGCCCUUGAUCCGCGUCGUCUACUCCGGUCGCGGCAUGGUGUCCGUCUUCUUCGUCAUCUCGGGGUACGUCUUGAGCUACAAGGCAAUCCGCUUGAUGCGCGCACGGCAGUACUCCGUCCUCCUCGAUUCCCUCGCCUCGUCCAUCUUCCGACGAGGCAUGCGCCUGUUCAUCCCCAUCACCGGGUCGACAUUCAUAUCCAUGCUCUUCUGCCGCUGGGGCUGGUACUCGCAGGACCCAAUGGGAAGAAAUACGAUCCCGGCGCGCCGCGGCGAUUUCUGGUUCCAAUUUAAAGACUGGUGUCACCACGUCGUUCGCGUCUCGAACCCUCUCCUCGACGUCAACGGCAGGGACCUAUACGCCCCCCCCUACGACGGCCAUCUCUGGACAAUCCCCAUCGAGUACCGCGGCUCCAUAAUCGUCUUCCUGGCGCUGCUCUGCGUCGCGAAACUGUGGCCCUGGCUGCGCCUCUCCGUGCUGGCCGGCAUGGUACUCUACAGCAUCUGGGACUCGCACUGGGAAGUGUUCCUGUUCCUCUCUGGGAUCCUCUUCUGCGAUAUCCACUUCCAGGCUGCGUCCCUUUCCCUUCGCGACCACAACCUCCACCUCGACAAGUCUCAUCAUAAAUUUGCAAAAGAAGCCCUACUCAUCAUCACCUCCCUCUUCGCUCUCCACCUGGUCUGCUUCCCAGACGAACAUGCAAACACCACCCCCGGCUACCGCACGCUGAUUGGCCUGACCCCGCGCUCCUCCUCCGACCAGGGACUCACCCAGCGCUUCUGGAUGGCCAUCGGCGCAUUCCUCCUCGUUGGCGCUAUCAAUUUCUCCACUUUGCUGCAGCGCCCCUUCACCACGCCUCUGGCGCAGUACCUAGGCCGCAUCAGCUUCGCGCUGUAUAUCGUCCAUGGGCCCGUGCUGUAUACCCUCGGGAUGAAGAUGCUGUUGCCCGCGGUGCGCGACUGGAAUCACGGGGGUGGUUGGGUGAAUUACGCGCUAGGGGCGCUGGGGGCGUGGGUUGUGAAUUUGGUAGUCUGUGUUGUCGCGGCAGAUGUCUUUUGGAGGGAGGUCGAUGCGAGGAGUGUGGGUUUUGCGGGGUGGGUGGCGCAGAAGUGUUGGGAUAGGGAGGAGACGAGGGGUUAGUUGCGAUGGAGUAGGGAUACCAUAGUAUGUUCACGGCUUGGAUGGUCUGUUGCACCUCCGCAACUGAGCGUUGCUGGAUGUUGAGAGCAUCUCGUCCCCAAACCCUCCCCCCCCUCUCCCCUUUCCCCGGCUACUCGCCCUCUCCUCUAAUAAUGCCGUAUUCAACUGUCGAUUGGACAUUAACUAGU